UCAACAAUGUCUUACCUUUGCGCAUAAAUGGAUUCGAAAGCGAAACAACAAUGUUUUGCGUUUUCUCUCAAUCAAGAAUCAAAAAGAUAUAAAAGUACGAGAGAGAUGGAAGUCUAUUGUGGGUUUGGAGAUCCAUGCUCAGAUUGCCACGGAAUCAAAAUUGUUUUCCAGUGCAUCUACCAAUUUUGCCAGCCCGGUUAACUCGUGCGUUUCAUUCUUCGACUGUGCCACACCAGGAACAUUACCUAUAUGUAUAUAUUGUAGGUAUUGAACAGGAAAUGCGUAGAAUCAACAGUGAUGACUGCUUUAGCGCUAUCCUGCCAAUUGAAUGAGACUUCUUUGUUUGAAAGGAAACAUUACUUCUACGCAGACUUGCCUGCAGGAUUUCAAAUUACUCAACAAGGACAACCUAUUGCUGUUAAUGGUGAAAUUAAGUUUCAUGUUUUCACUCCAGGACUGCACAAAUCUCCAUAUUUGAAAUCUUCUAAAAUUAAGCAGAUUCAAUUGGAGCAGGACAGUGGCAAAAGUUUGCAUGACGAAAAUGUAGCAAGAAGUUUGAUUGACCUUAAUCGAGCUGGAAUACCUUUGAUGGAAUUCGUGUUUGAACCAGACUUGGUCGAUGGUGAGGAAGCGGCUGCGCUUGUAAAGGAGCUUGGAUUUACGUUGCAAUUACUGGGUGUCUGUAGCAACAAAAUGGAAGAAGGAGCACUUCGCGUGGACGCCAACGUUUCUGUAACCAAUCGAGAUAGUUUAGGCAUUCGAACGGAAAUAAAAAAUAUUGGAAGCGUGCGUGCUGUCGCUGCGGCCAUUCAAUAUGAAAUAAAUAGGCAUAUUUCUAUCCUUGAGAUCGGUGAUAAGAUGUUCAAUGAGACUCGUGCUUGGGAUGCAGUGAACAAGAAAACUGUUCCUAUGCGUGAAAAAGAAGACAAAGAAGAUUACCGAUUUAUGCCUGAAACAAAUUUACCACCUUUACGCAUACAUCUUAGAGAAGAUUUACCAAAUAAAAACAAUUUAGUUGAUGCUGUAACACUAAAAAGACAGCUACCCGAGUUGCCGGAACAAAUACGUCAGAGACUAAAGAAUGAUCUUAAGAUAUCUCCUGAAAUAAUUAUAGCUUUAAUGAGUGACUUUGCAUUAUUACAAUUAUUUAACAGAAUAACAAGAAAUAAUGAGAAUCGUAAACCGAAACUGGUCGCUAAAUUUCUCGUUAUGGAGCUGUUGACUUUUCUUUAUAAAAAUAAACUAACGAUUGAAUUUUGUGUACCACAUGAAGAUUUUAUUGGUCAAUUGAUUGAUUUAUUACAAGACAAUUUAAUUAAUUUAAUAACGGCAAAAAAGAUUUUGAAGGAAUUAGUAAUUGAUUCAGAUAAACUACCAAAGGAGAUUGUUAAAGAGCACAAUUGGUUUCUGAUAUCAGAUGAGAAACAAUUAGAACAAAUAUGUUUAGAAAUUAUAGAAAAAAAUCCAAAACUUGUAUCAGCAUAUAAAAGUGGCAAGAAAAAAUUGUUUAAAGUGUUAAUGGGAGAAAUGGCAAAAGUUACGGAACAACGUGCAGAUAUGGCUGUUGUUGCAAAAAUUAUGGAACGAUUACUAAAAUAGUAUAAGUAUGAUAAAAUGGAGAG